AUGAUUAAUGCAUAGUGGCUGCUUGUAACAGCAGGAAUAUUAAAGAGAGGACCAAUGGAUGUUGUGGAUUAUACUAUGGAGUUAUGGUUUUAAUAAAUGAAAUAAGAUUUGGAGAAAGCAAACUUAUAAGAGAUGAACGUCACAUCUAGGAUAUAAACUGGAAUUAAAACUAGACUUUCAUAUGUGGUUCCUUAUCUUGAUAAAUGGCCACAAGCCAUGUAUCUAGGCAUUGAUCCAAAGAAUCUUGGGAACACAGUUUAGCAUAUUCACAAAAUUAGUGAUGAGAUAUGGUUUUAGGCUGGAGAUAAAUCUAAGAAUCAAGAGGCUACUUGGGAAUUCCUUGAUAGAAGAUUAUAAGAUGUUGUGACAACAGGCUCAUAGAUUGGUCUAGUAAUCAGCCUUUCUUUUCAUACUUUUUUAAUAGGCAAGAAACUUAUUAAAUGCAAUGACAAUAGGGGUUAAUAGUAUAGGAACGAUAUUUAAGCCGUAUAAAUUUGA